AUGGCAAAAUCAUUAAACAAUCGAUUUCUUCAAUUUGAGGAUUCUGAUAACCCAUUAACUGUUGCCCUUCAAGUGGCCACUAUACUCACGCCUGUACAUACUAUGGCUGAUGAGAAAAAGGCCAGCAUUGGUGUCAAAGAACGUUUGCUAAGUGCCGUGUCGGGUUCAUUGAUAACGUCACUAAUUUUGACGCCAAUGGAUGUAGUAAGAAUACGGCUCCAACAGCAACAAAUGCUGCCACAAUGCGUGUGCGAUUCGGAGGGCAAUCCAUUACCGAAAUUCGAAGCCUCCAAAGGUGUUUUCUGGCAAGAUGCAUGUUUCCAAGAUGUACGAUGCAAGAGCAGUCCCGUACGAUACACUAGCACUUGGGAUGCUUUUGGAAAAAUUGCCAAAAUUGAGGGGAUAACAAGUUUAUGGCGGGGUAUAUCCAUCACGCUGUUAAUGGCAGCCCCAGCUAAUAUGGUGUAUUUCAUAGGCUAUGAAACACUCCGUGAUAAAAGUCGCUUGCAAGAAGCAUAUCCAACACUGAAUCCCUUAAUGUGCGGAGCUGUGGCCCGAGUCCUAGCGGCUACUAUAGUUGCACCACUCGAUUUGCUGCGUACGCGGCUUCAAAGUAUACCUCGCUCGACACCUAAUAGUACUGCGACCAUGAUGCUCAAAGAUCUGCUAAAAGAAUCUCGGCAAGAAUUCUCAAAAGCAGGAUACCGCGCAUUUUUCAAGGGUUUGGAAAUAACACUUUGGCGAGAUGUGCCUUUCAGCGCCAUUUACUGGGGCUGUUACGAAUUCUACAGAGGCAAAGUGUCAAUAAAUUCAAACCAAAGUAUAAUCAAUUCGUCAAAUACGAACUGGAACCACUUCAUUAAUAGCUUUGUGGGUGGCAGCUUAAGUGGUACAGUAGCGGCGGUGCUAACUCACCCUUUUGAUGUAGGGAAAACCCGAAUGCAAAUCUGCUUUUCCAUGAAGAGUUCGCAAGAGUCCAAACCAUCGAAAAAUAUGUUCAAAUAUUUGAAUGGAAUCCGCAACAGCGAGGGUUUAGCCGCGCUUUACACUGGACUGGCGCCAAGAGUUAUAAAAAUUGCACCAAGCUGCGCCAUCAUGAUAUCAACCUACGAGGUCUGUAAACUAAUAUUCAGUGCUUGA